AUGUCUUCCUCUCCAUCACUUGCUGCAUCCCCUGAGAAGUACGACUUGCAGCCCAUGGCUCACGUCCAGACUAUGGAAAAGCAAACUGCAGCGUUUGGGGGACAGUUCCAGCCUGUUUUCUAUCCCCCAGUCCAGCAGCGCACAUUGGGAAACCCUCUCCCCUUGGGUCUCUGUGCCUUUGCAUUGGGCUGCUUUGUCCUAGGCUUGAUCGAAAUGCAGGUUCGUGACAUUACUACGCCAAACAUCCUGGUUGGACUUGCUUUUGGAUAUGGUGGUCUUGUGCAAGUGUGUUCUGGCAUGUGGGCCAUCGCCUGCGGUAACACGUUCGGUGCCACAGUCAUGGCGUCUUAUGGCGGGUUCUGGCUAUCUACUGGGAUUAUCUUUACUCCUGGGGAUUUCAACAUCAUGAGCACCCUGAUCGAGGCCGACAGUGGCAGGCAGGGGAUGUUUUACGACUCAUUUGGGAUCUUCCUAAUGGGAUGGUUCAUCUUUACGACCCUCAUGAUGAUGUGCACCUUGAAAUCCAACUUCGCAUUCUUCAUCCUCUUCUUCAUCGUCGAUCUCGGAGUUCUUCUCCUCGCCAUUGGAUACCUGAUUCGUGACUCCAACGACAUUCCGAACGCACAAAUCAUUAUGGCUGGGGGCUUCUUUAUUCUGCUAUCAUCGUUCUUGGCCUGGUACAACGCGAUUGCCAUGCUGCUCGACCCGACCAAUAGCUUCUUCACGCUACCUGUCAUGCCCUUUCCAUGGUCUGAGGAGAGCAAGCAGGCGCGGAGGGAGCGAAAAGAAGCCAUGGGGUUGCAGGCAUAA